AGCAGGGGUGGCCCGCGGCGGUCGCCCGGCGGGGCGGGGCGGGGGCGGGGCGCCCGCAAUCCGGAAGCCGCCGGGCCCUCUCCGACCCGCGGGAUCUGCGGCGCGGAGUAGGCGUGAGGGACUGGUACCCGACAUGGCGGCGGCGGCGGCGGCCGUGAGCGGCGCCAAGCGGAGCCUGCGGGCCGAGCUGAAGCAGCGCCUGCGGGCCAUCAGCGCGGAGGAGCGGCUGCGCCAGUCCCGCCUCCUGACCCAGAAGGUGAUUGCCCACAGUCAGUAUCAGAAGUCCAAAAGGAUCUCCAUCUUUCUGAGCAUGCAGGAUGAAAUUGAGACAGAAGAGAUCAUCAAGGACAUUUUCCAGCAAGGGAAAACCUGCUUUAUCCCACGGUACCAGUUCCAGAGCAGUCACAUGGAUAUGGUCAAAUUAGCAUCGCCCGAGGAAAUUUCUUCACUUCCCAAAACAUCCUGGAAUAUUCAUCAGCCUGGUGAGGGUGAGGUUCGAGAGGAGGCCUUGAUAACAGGGGGACUGGACCUCAUCAUCAUGCCGGGUCUUGGGUUCGACAAGCAAGGCAACCGGCUAGGACGGGGCAAGGGCUACUACGACACGUACCUGAAGCGCUGUGCGCAGCAGCACACGAAGCCCUACACCAUGGCCUUGGCUUUCAAGGAGCAGAUCUGCCUGCAGGUCCCAGUGGACGGACAUGACGUGAAGGUAGACGAAGUCCUCUAUGAAGAUGCCUCAGCAUCCUGAGUCCUGCCAGCUGCAGCCAGAUAACCAGAGUUGUGUGCCGAAGAAGCAGUGCCCUGCGGACUGUGUGAUUUCCUUUGUCAGAAAUUAGCUGAAGCUGCACACUUUCGGGAAUACGGGCUACGUUGUUUUCAGUGUAAUUGUAAAAUACCUAAUAAUGUAAAGCCAUCUUUAAGAAUUAAUACACUUGUGAACAGUAGAACAUUAAUUAAAAUGGAGGCUGUCACCAUA